AUGUCCGACACCGUGAGCGAUUUUUGGCGCCAAAAAUACGAAACAGACGCGCGAAAAAACUGGGACGUCUUUUACAAGACGCACGCGACGAAUUUCUUCAAGGAUCGGCACUGGUUGGCGCGCGAAUGGCCGGACGUGUUCGCCAAACCUCCCGAGGAAACCGCGCUCGAGGACCUCGGGUGCGGGGUCGGGAACACGGUGUUUCCGCUGCUCGAGCUCGACGCCGAAGCGACGGUGUACUGCUGCGAUUUUAGUAAGCGCGCGAUAGAUAUGGUGCUCGAACGCGCGGCGACGCUGCCGCCACGCGAUCGCGAUCGCGUCAAGGCGUUCGUGUGCGACGCGACGUGUGAGAGCUUGUUGGAGAACGUACCCGCCGGAUGCGUCGACGUCGCCACGAUGGUGUUCGCGCUGAGCGCGAUGUCGCGAGAGAAGAUGAAGUACUGCGUACGAAAUCUAUCGACCGUCAUGCGAGACGGUCAACGAGGCGCAAUAUGCGUUCGUGACUACGCCGCGGGGGAUUUAGCGCAGGAAAGGUUCGAAGGGAAGGUGGCGGCGAAUCAAAAGUUGUCGGAAAACUUUUAUGUGCGACACGACGGCACGCGCGCGUACUACUUCACAAUAGAAGAUUUGGUGGCUUUAUUCGCCGAGGAGGGAAUGGAGAUGCGCGAGGUGUUCAUUCAUCAGCGCACGAUCACCAAUAGAGCGGAUUCUUUGGACAUGAAUAGACGAUGGAUCCAAGCGAAUUUCGCCAGCGCAAAAAUCUGUCCAAUGACGUUUGCGCCUCCCGAGCGUCUCAAACCGACGACGCCGUGGGGAAAGUGAACAUCUGCGCAUGGAUGUGGUGGUGGUUGUUGAAAGUAGUACGCGUGGAACGCGUGGGGUGUUAGUGCGUUGGAACCUCUUCGGCGCGUCUUCGCGAAACCGUCUGGAAACGACACGAAUGGACGAAGAACGAUGCGCGCGCGUAAGCAAUACGAUGGUAUUAUUAAUGUGCAACGAUCGAGGCGAUACGACGAGAUCAAUCAGCCUUCAAGAAUCCCUUGGCGUCCAAAUACUCGAUGAUUUUGUGCGCCAUGUCUCGCGGCGGCGCCAAGACGCCGUCCUCCUUGGCGACUUCCAUUUCAAUCUCCGCGUUCACCGGUUCUUCGUACGGAUCGUCGAUGCCGGUGAAUCCCUUAAUCUUACCCGCCCGAGCAGCCUUGUAAAGCCCCU